UUUCUCACCUGCUUCUUCUUCACUCUCACGCGCUCCCUUUCUCUCACAUCAACCAAACCCUCUGAUUCUCCCCAAUUCUGAUUCCAAUUCCCCGGCGAUGUCAAGCGCGGCGGCAGGAGGCGACGUGGAGGCGGGGUUCGCAAAGCUCCAGGGCGAGGACUUCGAGUACUACAUGCAGACUUACUCCAUCGUCCUCGGCCGCAAUUCCAAGAAAUCCACCGUCGACGUCGACCUGUCCAGCCUCGGCGGCGGCAUGAACAUCUCCCGCCACCACGCCCGCAUCUUCUACGACUUCGCGCGUCGCCGCUUCGCUCUCGAGGUCCUCGGCAAGAACGGCUGUCUCGUCGAGGGCGUCCUCCACCUCCCGGGCAACCCCCCGGUCAAGCUCGAUUCCCAAGAUCUGCUCCAAAUCGGUGAUAAAGAGUUUUACUUUCUCUUGCCUGUUCGUAGCAUUUUGGGGGGGCCCGUGGGCCCGCGCCAUUACCCUAACCACCCUGCACCUCCCGGGCCCGUCGUGCCGCACUAUAACUACCAUUUGAGUUCGGGCCCGGGCCCGGGCCCGGUGAAGAAAGCGCCUCGGAGGGAGUAUUACGAGGAGGAGUUCGACGACGAGGAUGAUGUGGGUGCGAGGAAGAUGCGGAGAGAGGGGUAUGAUGGAUAUGGCUACGCUGGCGGCAAGUCUUCUCUUUCGGCACCAAUGGAUAAGAAGUCUGAAGGCAGAUCCCGGGUUGAUCGAGAUGCUGACAAUCUUCAGCUUCAGCAGCUGGAAGAAAAGGACGUAGUAUCAUCUGUAGCUACUGUUCUCUCUGAUCUUUGUGGUCCUGGAGAGUGGAUGCCUAUGGAGAAACUUCACGCGGAGCUGUUGGAGCAAUAUAGCAGUGUUUGGCAUCAUAGUAGAGUGAGGAGGUAUCUGACAUCAGAAGAUUGGCCAGGUCCAGAAUCCAAAGGGAAGCCUUGGUAUGGUUUGCUUAUGCUGUUAAGGAAGUACCCGGAGCAUUUUGUCAUCAACACAAGGUCCAAGGGCCGUGUCACCCUGGAGUUUGUUUCUCUUGUCUCUCUUCUAUCCUGACCACAUCGUCACUAAAGCUCAAAUUGGAAAGGAAAAUAACCAUCAACCCUGGUUGCUUCUAACAGUGAUAUAUGUUUUAGCUCUAAAUCUGUAUAAAUGUACUUUUCUUGCUUUCUUUUUGGGUAAUUACUUGUUACUGGGUAAAUAUGUCCCCCUCUCCCCUAGUGCUCUGAGAGCAAAAUUAACAAUUAGUUCUUUGUUUUUCAUGGAUUUAGUAAAUGGGACUAAGACUUAAACAAGUAGGCGUGUCGAGUUUAUUCAUUCUAUAAAAUUGUAGGACCACUCCUAGAAUUAAUGUUAAACUGCUCGUCGAA